AUGAAGGCCGGUGAUGCCCGCAAGGCUACUGAGCAUACGGGUGCCAGUCCAGAGGGUAAACGAGCUAAGAAGGAUGGGCGGCACGAGGAGACCUUCUGCGACGCCAGAGAGGGAAAGGAGACGGACAAGCAUCCAGAAAGUGAAGUCAUGAGCGAAUAUGAGGAGGAAGAUGAGGACAUCGAGGAGACGGAGGAUGACAUCAAAGCAAUGAAGUCGGUUAUGAAGAAGAUAGUUAAUGGGCACGAUGAGGGGCAUGAAAAAGGGAAUGCAGGAGGUGACGAAAGAAGUAGGAGAAGCAAAGUAAUCAGCCCAGGAGGCUAA